AUGCCGACCAAAAGACGCGACAAGCGCUUCUCCAUCAUCGAUGGUGGCUGGGGUGUCCAAAUGGGUCCUGAUCUCAUGUUCCAGCAGCUCGAAGAAGGGCACGAUGAAGGUCCGGACAACAUCGCUCUGAUCUGCACACAUCAAUCCUGGGGUUAUCUGAGAGAGAUCGUCGGAGAGACACCGACCGCAGGUUGUCUGACAUGGACAUAUCGCCAACUGAUGAGGGCUGCCCAAAAUCUUGCGCUCUGGUUUGAAGAAAAAGGAGUGCAAAGAGGAGACACAGUGAUCGCUUUCCUCCCGAGUUGCGCAGAGUGGGCACUCUGCUUCUGGACUGCAGUCAUCCUCGACUUGACUUUCGUGCCCGUGGAUUAUACUAGCCUGGACACGAACAGUUCAACAGAACAUGAUUACCCUCUCCAUCUGCUCAAGCCCAGCGCUGUCCUAGUAUUCGAUUCUGACCACGCAAACAACUUCGAUGAACUGUAUUCGGGAGAUGCAGAAAGCAUCAACCUCAAGAUAAUUUGUGACAAACAAGCCGACUUCCUUCCUAGGGGUUGGAUCCACUUCGGGCCUCCAGGACUGCUUCUUGCACUUAUACCAGAAGACAGACGACGUCGGCCGGAUCUAGGAGACCAUCGUAUACCCGAAAAUCGCAUCGCAGCAGUGCUAUUCAGCAGAGAGGGUCCAAGAGAACCGUUCAGAGGAUGCGCACUGUCUGUCAAGAAUGUCAGGACGGCUGUGGUCAAUCAAUACAUCAUCCCAGAGAAGAAGUUUGUAAUCACGUGCGCUCCGUCAAGCAGCGCCACUCUUGAAGCUGUCAUUGUGGCAUGGAAGAGGGGUGCAGCCGUCGUGUUUCCGGGAGCCUUGUUCUCUGCACGCAUGACUCUAGCUGCAGUUGACCUUUACAGAGGUUCGCGACUGAUUUGUACAUCGCCGCAACUCGAGAAGCUCAUAAAGCACCCUUCGCUUUCUCAGAGGGCGCUUGACUCUCUCGAGAGUCUGUCAGUACACGGGGAAAUCAUCGACAUACAGCUGUUGCAACAAGCGAAGGAAGUCUUGAAACCUCAGUGGGUGACAUCAUCCUUGACAAUGGCUGAAGGGUUUGGAGUGCUGGGUUGGGGCAGUAUGUUUCCAGCAGACCGAACUCUGGACAGUGUCGGCACGGUCCAGAAUGGUGCCCUCGUCAAGAUCUGCGGCGUCGACGUCGACAACAAACGUGUGCUGCGUCGAGGAGAAGAAGGCGUGCUUCACCUUGGUGGUGAUGCGUUGAUACAAGGGUAUCUUGGCGAGGCUCAUAAUGAACGAUUCUAUCGUGACCUAGAUGGAGCAUGGUUCGUCACGAACAUGCUAGCCACGAUGGACAAAGACGGAUUGAUACGACCAACUCAGAAUCUCAAGAGCUCUGAUGCCACCACUCCAAACUACAGUCCAUGA